AUGGAUUUUCUCCAGGUCUGCUUUCUGUGCGCCGUGCUCCUCGGAGUGACCACGGCUUUUACGCAUGAGGAUAUGAAGAAUGCACUGCUGGACAAACUGGGACUGGAUGAAGUGCCUAGAAUUCAAAAGAGGGAUUUGGAGAACCUUAUCAUCCCAGCGCAUAUUAAAAAUAAAUACAUGUCUAUGCUGAAAAAACACCACAGCAGGAGAAGGAGAUCUUUGCCCAGUUUAGCGGGCAUCUUGAAGGGCAUCCCUGGCAAUGCUGAUAUCUCUGGGGAGUACGUGUAUUCUGACACGACAAGGCAUCGCAUGGUGUUUGACAUGGAAGCCCGAAUUCCCGAUAACAGUGAAGUUACCAUGGCAGAGCUCAAGUUGUACCAGCGCGCCUCUUUCCACAAGCGCUUCACGGUGGAGCGUAAACACCAUCGCCCCGUCAAUAACGCACGAGUCAGCAUUUACUGGGUGGAAGUGCUUCCCAGUGGCGCCAACCGCACCUCUCUGGUGGACUCUCGACUGAUACCCAUUCACGAAACCGGAUGGAAGAGCUUUGAUGUGACACAAGCCGUGCACUAUUGGUCCAAAACGCAGCAGAAGACACCUAUGCACCUGGAGGUGUGGAUCGAGGGCGAGAGACCUGGCAGCUAUGCGGCAGAGGUGGCCAAGAGUGUGCGCUUUACCACCCAAGAGCUGACCGACAACACCUUAGGCAAGCCGGAGCUCAUUCUGUACACGCUGAACCUGGAAGAGUACGGUUCUCGUGGAGACUGUGAUGUCAACCAGAACAAAGACACCUGCUGCAGAGAACAGUACUUUGUCAACUUCCGAGCUCUCACCUGGACCCAGUACUGGAUCAUUGAGCCUGCAGGAUACCAGGCCUUCAGGUGCACUGGGGGGUGUAAACAACCCAAACGUAACUAUGGCUACGGAGAGAGGCGCUGCACUGUGUCUGAGAGCGCACCCCUGCCCAUCAUGUACCUGGUGAAGAAGGGCGACUACACUGAGAUCGAAGUAGCAGAGUUCCCCAACAUGAUUGUUGAGAGGUGUGCAUGUACAAUGGACAAUGUGUCAAUAGUAUGA